UUUUUGACAAUUAUUUGACGGCAAUAAGCAAAGUAUACACAUUGUAAAUGUACAGCGGGCCGCAGAAUUUGCACUAUAAAUAAAAGUUGUCUGAUGCAAUAUCAUUGCAGAAUAAAAUUGAAAUUUAAGGAUAAUUGAGUAUAGUUAUUGUAAUAGUGUGAAAUUUACGUUUAAAAAAGCCAAAUAAAAUGCCAGAAGGGAAACUUGCUGAAAUGUCUAUUGCAGAUAUAAUAUAUACUUCUGAAAAAACCGGUAGUGAUGAGAAUGGAUGUGGUACCGAGAACUCCCCGUACAAAACUAUCCUUCAAGCGAUGCGACAUGCCGGGAAAGAACCGUUUCCAAAAAUAAUGGUAGAUGCAAAGAACACGGAUAGUGGUGAAAAAUUUGAGCCUGCUGCCAAAUCUCAAUUGAAGAAGAUCCAAAAAAUUUGGGUUCGAGAAAGUUACAAGUCAGCCGAAAAAGAACAAAGGGAAGCUGAAGAUAUUAAGAAAAGAGAACAGAAUUUGGAAGAAGCAAAAAAGAUUAAAAUCUCGCAAGAUCCUUCUUGGCCAGUUGCUAAAAGAAUAAAAAUAAUUGAUGGGGCAAAUGAGAGAAAUGUGAGAGUAAAAAUUUUUGGCUGGGUACAUAGGUUACGACGUCAAGGCAAAGGAUUAAUGUUUAUUACACUUCGAGAUGGAAGUGGCUUUUUACAAUGUGUUCUUACAGAUCAGCUUUGCCAAACUUAUGAUGCUCUAAUAUUACAAACUGAAGCUUCUGUAGCGCUAUUUGGUAUAUUAAAGGAAGUUCCCGAAGGAAAAACAGCUCCAGGAGGUCAUGAGUUACAUGUGGACUAUUGGGAAUUAAUAGCCAAUGCUCCAGCCGGUGGCGCUGAAAGUAUUUUGAAUGAAGAAGCACACCCGGAUGUCCAAUUAGAUAACAGACAUAUCAUGAUACGCGGUGAGAAUACUUCAAAAAUUUUAAAAAUGCGUUCAAUUAUUAUGCAGGCUUUUCGAGAGCAUUAUUUCGCAAAUGGAUAUACAGAAGUUACGCCACCAACCCUAGUUCAAACACAAGUGGAAGGGGGAUCAACGUUAUUUAAAUUGCAAUAUUUCGGUGAGGAAGCGUAUUUAACUCAAAGUUCACAACUUUAUUUAGAAACAUGUAUUCCUACAUUGGGUGAUGUUUUUUGUAUUGCACAAAGUUACCGUGCUGAACAAAGUCGUACGAGACGUCAUUUAGCUGAAUAUACUCAUAUUGAAGCUGAGUGCCCCUUUAUCACAUUUGAUGAUUUAUUAGAUCGUUUGGAAGAUCUAAUAUGUGAUGUAGUAGAUCGGGUUUUAAAGAGCCCGUAUGGUCAUAUUGUAAAAGAAUUGAAUCCAGAUUUUGUUCCACCUAAAAAGCCUUUCCGUCGUAUGAAUUAUUCUGAUGCAAUCAAAUGGCUAAAGGAUAACAAUGUGACAAAAGAUGAUGGAACCUUUUACGAAUUUGGAGAAGACAUUCCAGAAGCACCAGAAAGAAAAAUGACGGAUGCAAUUAAUGAACCAAUAAUGCUAUGCCGAUUUCCUAAAGAUAUAAAAUCAUUUUAUAUGUAUCGUUGCCCCGAAGAUGGCAAUUUAACUGAGAGCGUCGAUGUGUUACUACCAAAUGUUGGAGAAAUUGUUGGCGGAUCUAUGAGGAUUUGGGACAAUGAGGAACUAUUACAGGGUUACGCCCGUGAAGGUAUAGACCCAAAACCAUAUUAUUGGUAUACUGAUCAAAGAUUGUACGGUAGUACACCUCAUGGUGGUUACGGUUUGGGUUUGGAACGUUUUAUGUGCUGGUUACUAAACAGAUAUCAUAUUAGAGAAGUUUGUUUGUAUCCAAGAUUUUUGGAUAGAUGUAAGCCUUAAAUUAUGUAAUAAUAAUUUAUUUAAAAAAUAAUCGUUUCAAUUUAUUAUACGAAUAAUAAUGCUCUUAUAACUUGCUAUUUAAAGGCAUUUAAAGUUUAAAGCUUAAAUAAAAUUAAAUGAGCUUAAUCAAUAUAUUUUUU